AUGAGCUACAAAUCGAAAGUUGCAAGUUUUCUCCCAGAAAGGGACAUCCCUGACCUUUCAGGGAAGGUCAUUCUGGUCACAGGAGGUAAUGGGGGUUUAGGAAAAGAACUUAUUCUUUCCGUUGCCAAAAAGAAUCCAAAACAGAUAUUCAUGACUGGACGUAAUGAAUCCGCAUGCCUUCGCGCCAUAGAAAAUAUCAAAUGUCAAGUCCCGAAUAUUUUGCCAAAUAUCACUUUCCUUCAAUGUGACUUGGCGUCCUUGAGUACAGUCCAGAGUGCUGCAGAGCAUUUCCGUCGCGAAGCAGUCCGACUGGAUCUACUGAUUUGCUGUGCCGGCAUCAUGAUCGUCCCCCCAGGCCUGACAAAGGAUGGAUACGAGAUACAAUUUGGAACCAAUCACCUCGGCCACGCGUUGCUGACCAAACUGUUACUACCAGUAUUGCUGAAAACUGCUAAGGAACCAAACGGUGAUGUUCGCAUCGUUGUCUUUUCGUCACAGGGAUGGAAUCUUCAUCCCAGGAAGGGCAUUGUGUUCGACAAGCUCCGCACAACACAGGCCGACUUAUGGAUUGCGCGAUACCAGCUUUACGGCCAGAGUAAACUUGCAAAUACUCUGUAUACCGCGGAACUGGCGCGCAGGUAUCCACAAUUAACUUGUGUGUCUAUUCAUCCUGGCGUCGUCAUGACGAAUCUGGUCACUUCUACCACGGAUAUUGAUCAGAAGAUUGUCAAGCUCACUUCUUCGAGCAAGAUACUCACUCCAGAGGAAGGAACGAGAAAUGCUCUGUGGGCAGCUACAACAAAGAAAGAAGCAAUCAACAACGGAGCUUACUACGAGCCCCUCGGCGAUCUGGUGAAGCUGGGGCGUAAAGGGAACGACACGGAUUUGGCGCGGAAAUUGUGGGAGUGGACGGACAAGGAGCUUGAAACGUACACAAAUGACGACGAUUGGAGUUGA